AUGGCAGUUACUUCUCAAGAGGACGUUCCCAAAUCAGUGCUUAUCCUGGGCUCUGGAGUUUUCGGUCUCAGUACCGCAUACAGUCUGACGCAGAACCCGAAAUUCGCCAAUACUUCAAUCACACUCGUCGACCGAAGUGCUUUCCCUGCCCCCGAUGGCGCAAGCAUAGACAGCAGUCGCAUUGUCCGUCCCGAUUACGCGGACCUCCCUUACGCCCGUCUGGCCAUCGAAGCCCAAGCACGUUGGAGAAACGAAUGGUGGGGUCAGCAAGAUGUGUACCAUGAGCCCGGUCUGGCCGUCGUGGUCAACAAGGAUGAAUCCGACAAUGGCAAUGGCGAUUUGGGCAGAAAGUACAUGAGAGACAGUAUGGCCAAUGUCGAGCGUUGUGGACUCAAGCCUGGCAAAAAAAGCGAGGGUGCUGCCGCGGCCACAGGAAAAGGUGGUUCCUCAGUCGGUGACUUUGGCUACGUGAAUUGGAGAUCUGGCUGGGCAGAUGCUGAGAAGGGUAUGCGUGUGCUGCGUGCUCGUGUUGAAGAGACAGAUCGCGUCAACUUCCUGCACGCUUCAGUCUCUCGCCUUCAAUUCAGCAACGAUGCCGUCACCGGUUGCGAAACAGACGACGGCAGAGUGCUGACAGCAGACUUGGUCGUGCUAGCCACCGGAGCCUGGACACCCGCUCUCCUCGACCUUCGCGGCCGCUGCAGCGCAACAGGUCAAAUCCUUUCCUACAUCAAAAUCAGCGAUGCCGAGCAAGAAGCUUUAGGAGAACGACCAACCCUACUCAACGAAAGCAGCGGCCUCUUCAUCAUCCCACCCGUCAACAACGUCCUCAAAGUCGCCCGCCACGGCUACGGCUACUGCAAUCCCGUCAGCAUACCCCACCCGGAAGACCCUUCCAUGGGCAAAAUCACCGUCUCCCUACCACGCACCCACAUCUCCCACCCCGGCCUCGAGAUCCCCUCAGAAGGCAAAAAGGCCCUCCGCAGCUUCCUCGCAGCCGUAUACCCAUCACUCGCCACCCGCCCAUUCAUCUCCACACGCAUCUGCUGGUACACAGACACCCCCAGAGGAGAUUGGUUGUUAUCCUACCACCCGAGAUACAGAAACCUCUUCGUAGCCACAGGAGGCAGCGGCCACGCGUAUAAAUUCCUCCCCGUCGUCGGCGACAAGAUUGUCGAUUGUUUGCUGGGCAACCCACCGGCCGAAUUCAAAGAUAAAUGGGCAUGGCCGGAGCGCGAUUUGGAAGAUCAAGUGUGGACAAAGGACUGGAGAGGUGGUGUCAAGGGUAUGGUGCUGGAAGAUGAAUUGCAAAAGGGCGAGAACAAGGCUAAACUUUAG